CUUGUGUUGAUUUUUAUUUAUAACAUUUUACAACUCUGAUACCUUUUUAAAAAUUAAAAGUCUUCCUAAAUAGGAAAGCAUCCAAGGGUAAAAAAUAUUCACAUUCUUAAAUGCAUGAGAGUCCUGGAUUAGGAUAGGAGGCUUAAUUAGGAUAUUGUAGAAGUAAAGCUAUGGAGCAAGAUUUUUUUUUCACUUAUACUCUUUUAAAUCUAUAUUACUUUGCAUAUGGGAAAAGCAAGUUUACUUAUUCAUGUUACAAAGGAGCACAGCUUAGAAAUGGAUAUUUCUUAACCUAAAUACCAUGUCUUUUUUUUUUUUUUACAAGCUAGUCAGGUAAUGAGUCAUUCUAAAUAGAAUGCCGCUUAUGAUACGGAAGAUGGGAUAAGGCCUUUCUUACUUUAGAGACCGGUGGGUUUCCUUUGCUGGUACCAAGGUUCUUAAGGUCAAAAUUAUUUUCUGUACUGAGUGUAGUAAAUACAGGAACUCAUGUGAAGUAUUUCCAUCCUGUGCAGCUUCAGGGCAUGGCUGAUUCUGGGAGAAGAGGAAGGAUUCAUCGCCCCCUGAACCUCAUCUGUUCCCUGCUUAUUGUGGGAAUAUGCUGUGUGUCUCCUUUCUUCUGUCAUAGCCAGACAGACCUGCUGGCUCUUAACCAAGUUGAUCAUCAGUGCUGGGAAUCCUCUUCAGUGCUCCUCUUGGAAAUGUGGAAGCCUCGCAUUUCCAGCACUGUUUCAGGCUUCUGGGAUUUUAUGAUCUACCUGAAGUCAUCUGAGAACUUGAAGCAUGGGGCACUGUUUUGGGAUCUGGCCCAACUCUUCUGGGACAUUUAUGUGGACUGCGUCCUCUCCAGGAACCAUGGCUUAGGAAGGAGGCAAUUGGCUGGAAAGGAAGAGAGAAUCCCAGCAGCACAUUCAGGGCACACAAGGAGUAAACAAGGUUCGUAUUCUCAGCUUCUAAGAACACCUUUCCUAAAGAAGAAAAAGUUGGUUGAAGAUUUGAUAAACAUGUAUGUGCCCAGGAGUGGGUCUAGGUUCAUUGGAAAAGUGACCAGUGGCCUGAGAAUAAAGAGAAAAUAA